UCAGUGAAAACACCUCACGAUUUUUUGUCAAAAAUAAAUAUAAUUUUUAAUAGUGUUUCUAGUUCUUAAUUUGAAAUUUAAAUGACUGUUAAAUUGUUAUGUUCAAUACCACUCACGUUUAGGCUGGUUAUUUACAAUCUUCGCUACAAUAAUUGUUUCAACAACGAUAAAUUCUAUUGGCGAAGCUCGUAAAACUGUCAUUUUAAAGCCAAGGAAUAAAUCGUUAUCUAUCUUUUAUUACGGAAAAUACCAUCUGAAUAAGUAUAAUGAACGAAACAGCACUGAACUAUAGUGGAUUGAGCAAUAUAUUGGAAAAAUUUAGGAAUGGGACGCCAGACAGUCUGCCACCGGCGCAUCCGACUAUGUACGAAAACAUCAUUGACAACAAAUGGCUUCAAGCCAUUUUCUGCGUCAUAUACACUACCAUUUUCGUUCUCGGAUUAUCAGGGAACAUUCUAGUCUGCUUCGUGGUAAUCCGAAACAAAGCCAUGCAGACUGUAACUAACCUGUUCAUCAGUAAUUUGGCUCUCUCCGAUAUAUUGCUGUGCAUAUUCGCCGUCCCAUUCACACCAUUGUACUCCUUCCGCGGAUCGUGGAGUUGGGGCUCUCUCUUAUGUCACAUAAUGCCUUUCGCACAAGGGUGCAGUGUUUACAUAUCCACAUUAACACUUAUGUCUAUAGCUAUCGAUAGGUUUUUUGUGAUAAUUUACCCUUUUAGGCCGAGAAUGAAAAUAGAAACAUGCAUCACUGUCAUUAUUAUGAUAUGGACUUUCUCCGUGACCGUGACGAUGCCGUACGCUGUAUUUAUGACAUAUUACGAUUUAGAAAUAGGUAGAUUAUGUGAAGAGACGUGGCCGACGGAGAAAUUGAGAAGAAUAUUCGGCUCAGUUACAUCUGUGAUGCAGUUCGUUUUGCCGUUCAUCGUGAUUGCGUUCUGUUACACCUGUGUCAGCUUCAAAUUGAACGAUAGAGCCAAAGCGAAGGCUGCCAGUAAAAACUCCCGCAAGGAAGAGUUAGAUAAAUGUAGGAAACGUAGAACUAACCAAAUGUUAAUUGCAAUGGUGACUAUUUUUGGGUUGUCGUGGUUGCCUUUGAACGUCAUUAACUUGUGCAAUGAUUAUUAUAUUUACGCAAUUCAUUGGAAGUACUACUUUCUAGUAUUUUUUAUAGGUCAUGUGAUAGCUAUGUCAUCGACUUGCUAUAAUCCUUUCAUUUACGCGUGGAUGAAUGAGAACUUUCGGAAGGAAUUUAAACUAUUGAUCCCGUGCAUCGAUUCUUCUGCACAGUUGAGGGGCAAUAUUCAAUUGGAGCAAUUAGGUGUUGGACAGUCAGAAAAGACUUUUAAUGGUAAUACGACGACAGAUAGUUAUUUAGGUUCUAGUACACAAAGAGGUACGUCGUUUAGACAUAAAAGGAAGCCAAGUGCUGCUGCUGAUGUGGAGAAAAGUGGUGUGGAGCUUAACGAAGAUCUUCUGACAGUAGACGUGAAGCACUGUCACAUAUCCACGAGUUAUAACUUGAGGAGAGAGUCAGUUAAGUUAAGGUUGAUCAACGAGGAGUCUUUCGACGGGACACCAUCGCAGAGUCAAUUCUAACAGUUGAUGACACGGGUACGGCGCUGGAGACGUCCCCAACUUUGAAGAAAUUCUAGACAGUUUUAAGAGUAUUUAAUAUUUUUGGAGUGUAUUUAUUUUGUACUAACAACGUCUAUACUAUUGCACAUUAAUAUGACUACUGAAAUUAUGACGCUUAUAACUCUUAAAUGAUAAUUAACCUUUAGGUGUAAUCGUAUUACUCUGUGAGUCCGCAUUUGAAUAUAAUUCUGAAGCACGUAUUUUCUUGUGUACAAUUUUUACUACUUCUUCUACAUAUAUAGAAGAAGUUCAUACAUAUAUACAAUAUACCCAAUGAUCCUAAUUACAAAAGGAUUUGCAGGAUUAUGCGUAUACCUUCCUAAUUUAAUUUUAUUUUUAAUUAUCUAUUUACAAUCCGACUGUUGUAUAUUUUUGUGCUUAUUAAUUUACAUUUUGUUCUUACCUCGCCUUCUGUUGUAUUUUAAAUUUCUUAUCUUUAUAAUUAUAACAAUAUAAAUCUUCUUUGUCUGCAAAAAUUAUGUAAUAAUAUUCUAUAAACAUCGUGAAUAAUACGAGAAAUCCUCAGAAAUCUUAUGAAUAAUCUUCGAGGUUUUUCGUCAUUGUUUUUAUUUCUAUUGAAAUAUCAGAUACAAAAGUAGGUAAUUUGUACCCUGAAUAUUAGAAAUGUUUUGAGGCAAAUAGGUAUAAGAUAUGUAUGUGAAAGAAAAAUAAGAUUUGAUUUUGUAAGACGAUUCUUACAUAUUAUUGUGCUACGUAUGAGCAAGGUAGGUGGAAAAUAAAACUCCUCUUGUACUGUAGACAACAAUUAUAAUGAUAUUAAAUUGAAACAAUGAAUAAAACUACAUAGAUCGGUAGUAAAUUAGAUAUCUCCGUGUUUUAAAUAAAAGAAUGCUUUUAUCGUUAUCAUU